AUGGAUCACGGAGCAUUUGUUCAGAAGUUUUGUUUCUUUUGCAUUAAUAUAUAUAUAUAUAUAUAUAUAUAUGUAAAGACUGCCUGCCAAUUGGAUGCUUCUCUUCACAUUAUUUUUUACUUCUUCUCAUGUUUUUGCUGUUUUUCUGUGUAUAUGUGUAUGUGUCUUUGUAUGUGGUGGAAGGAGCCUUACGUGAACAUACAUUUGCUUGCGUGGCUGAGGUGUAGCACGGACGGUACGAUGAAGCUGAGGCUCUUUGGCGGCAUGGACUGCCCAGACAGUGUGCUUGCACGUUUGGCUGUGGUGGCUGCCGUUGAACCUGUGGCCGCGGCAAAGAUGUCGGACCAUGCGGUCACCAUUCUGUUGCUCACGACGCAUGAGGAUGCGAGGGAAACGGAUUCCGAUGGGCUCGGUGUAUUGGAUGUACAAAACAAACUUUUCUUUUCGCAGCGGGAGAUGAUGGAAAUUGGCGUUGCACGUGUGGCGCAGGCCCUAACAGCCAUACACACCGUCGUGCUCAACAUUGUGAAGUAUGACGUCUCGGACAACGAUGCGGUACGGGAACUUGGCAUCCUUGGGCUGAGUGAAGAGUCGGCGGCAGCUGUUGUGUCCCCCGCACACACCCACCGCAUGGAACUAACAAGCGCACUCCUGCGACAAACCCCACGUGUCUCCUUUGGGUGUUUUGGUUCACUCGAUGGAGAGACAUCUGCCCGUCGUCAUCUUGUACAUGAGGCAAGCUUUGGUGCCUGUGACGCCUUGCCGAAGCAGCGGCAGCAGCAGCAGCAACAACAACAACAGGGGAAGAAAGAAGAAGGUGUAGCUGGGCAUUUGUACGACAUGCAAAUUUACGCAAGGCAACUGCCAUCGCAACCACCGUCAUCGCCACCAUCGGACUCCACCGAGAGCAAACCCCUAAUGGAAGUUGGGGUUGCAUGGCGGAUGCCGCAUGGUCAUUUCACGCUCUGCAUUCCAGCACAGAAGGCGCGAGCCCUUCUUGCGGAACUUCUCUUGGCUCGGGAAACGUUGCGGCGUGCAUGGACUCCGAUUGAGCCAAGGCAUACCAAUUGCUAA